AUGGAUAAGUCUGGACAGGAGAAGGUUCCGGAAGCUUCGGUCAUCGACAACGCUGCAGGCACGGGGCGCUCCUACGAGUGCAACUUCUGCAAGAGAGGGUUCACGAAUGCGCAAGCUCUCGGAGGCCACAUGAACAUACACCGAAAAGAAAAGGCCAAGGCCAGUAAGCCAAGUGAGGUCUUUCGUGGGACGUCUUUUUCGAAUCCGUUCUUCAGUGAUCAUGAGUCUAAUUCUAAUUCUAAGUGUGGUGAAGCUGAUUAUAGUCGUCAGUUUAAUUUGUCAGUUCCAAACCCUAGUCAGGUUCCGUAUGUGAGUUUGAAGAACUUAGGUCCGAAUUUGAGUCUGGAUAUGGGGUCGUGGAGGAGUUUUAAAGAGGAUGAAGUUGGAAGAAGAGAUGAAAAGAUGGAGAAUGAAGUGGAUCUGGAGCUGCGACUUGGUCAUGAUCCGAAUAGACCUAAUAACUAG